AUGGAGAGUAGAAAAGAUACUUUAACCAUGGCAAAAAUGUGUCGGUUUUGUUUAACGCAAACAACACCUCUGAAGAGUUUGUAUUCCAAAAAUAAGACAAAUAAAGACGCUUUAAGUUUAAAAUUUAAAGUUUUGUCUUGUCUCUCGUACGAGGUUUUUCCUUCUGAUAGAAUGCCUACAUACAUAUGUGACCGCUGCAAGUUCUUUAUGAACUCAUUUUAUGAAUUUAAGAAAAUUUGUAGGCAAUCGGAAGAAUUAGUUCUGAAGUUCAUCCGCAAUGGAAAAGCAUUUGAGCCUGUUACUUGGCCUAAAGCACUUUCAAAAGUGUAUGACAGUUCCAAAGAUGUGGUAAAUACAAUCAUUGAAGGUGGAACAACGGUGCAAGUAUCCUCGCUUGAUACAUCUGAGAGUGAAGAUGAGGAUGCUAAUGUAUACAACGUUCAGAUUGGUGACGACGACGAAGCAAAAACAACGCAAGUGAAGAUUGUCACCACAGACAAUAUAGAGAAAAAAGCAAAAAAAGAUACAGUAGAGACAGAGACACGUGUGGCCGAGGGCUGUUGGCCAUGCGAAGAAUGCCAUCGCACCUACCCGUUGGAACAAUUGCUGACCCUGCACAAGAUGAGACAGCAUAAUCGACCUAAGCUCGUCGAAUGCGAUAUGUGCGAUUCAAAAUUCUUCUCAAAAAGUGAUUUAACAAUACAUCAACAAAGACAUUCCGAUGAGACGCCGUUUCCGUGUGUGGCUUGUGACCUUAAGUUCAAACGGCUGAUACUUCUAAAGAGACAUGAGAGGUUGGUCCAUUCGGACCUACCUCAACACAGUUGUCCGAGUUGUCCGGCCACAUUUAUCUCCGUUGAAGAAUUAACGUCCCAUCAAGAGAGACACACGAAAAGAGCGGAGAGGUCAUAUGUAUGCGAUGUGUGUGAUAAGACGUUCGCCGUACGAUCGACUCUUCAAAGACAUAUCGCCGUAUUACAUAAACGCGAACCCCAAUUCAACUGCGAAUAUUGUCCUGAGCGUUUUGGCUCCGUGUCCAAAUUGUCAAGACAUUUGCGAACGCACGCGGGCGAGAGGCCGUACCCGUGCAAGUACUGCGAUAAGAGUUUCAUUAAAUCGCAGCAUUAUACCAGACAUCUCCGUGUAAAACAUCGCGAUGAAAUGCGCACAGGCCAAAGCCCCGACGAGCUGUACAGGUGCGAGCAAUGCGAGGAGACCUUCGCGAACCAGGACGAGCUGAUCUUCCACUCCGCGAUCCACGCGACGCAGAAUCUCACAUGCCCCCUGUGCCAGGAGAAGUUUGACAAUGUGGAUGAUGUCACCACCCAUAUAAAGUCCCAUGUUAAUGGUGUUGAAUUUAUGUGCGAGUAUUGUGAGCUGGUCUUCACCACUAAGGAGAAGUAUGACAACCACUUGAUGUUGGCGCAUGAAGAUGAAGUUCAUAUUACUCUAGGCGAUGAAGAUUCGUCAAUGGAAGUGGAUGGAGAGGAUUAUGAAGAUGAUGCGAGCAUUAAUGUCAAAGAGGAUGGUGACAGUAUGGUCAUUGAAAUAAAGAAAGCGGAUGCUGACAGUUUAAUGAUGUCCGAAGAGCUCCAAGCUGAUGAAGAUGAGGUUAAACAGGACACUAAUUCGGAAGCUAGCGAAACUGAGUUACCAGAACAAGAGUUGGUCCAAAUCGAGGCCACAAUAGAGAAAAUCACCGCGAAGCCCUCAGAAGAGAUUAUUCAAAGUGUAGCGCCUCUAGCGGAAAUAACUCGAGUUAAACCAAAUGCUGGAAGUGAUAGUCAGAUUAUUGUUGCUCGCCACGUUGAGGAGAAACGAAAAGUUGAAGUAGUGGAAACAGAACCGGUGAAGAAAGUGAAGGCGAAAGCGGAGUCCACAAACAGCGCAGGUUAUACGGAUAAAUCCUUACGGCUGUUGGAAAAGGAGCUGCAAGAUCUUAAAAGGACCAACGCACGACCGGACAUUGGGAAAUCGACCCCCAAAAUUCAGGAACUUCCCAAAAUUCGACGCACUCAAGUUAUAACAUCAACUCCUAAAUUAAAGUUAAACGAAGAAAGGAAAUCAUUUUUAGUUAAAUCGCCAGCGGUCGAGAGAAAAACGUUUGAAAAACGUCUCACAAAAGAGAAUAAAGAGCCGCAAAAAGAUGACAAGAAGGAAAAGGAUGAAGAGAAGAGAGAAGUUGAGAAGAAGGAUAAAGAAGUAAAAGAAAUACCAAAGAGCCUAGUGAAGAACGGAAGCGAAAAAAGCGAUGAAGUGCGUCGGUCCAGUCGGCCAUCUCGCGUGAAGGACUACGCCAAGAUGGUGGGAGACCAUUUGAAGGGCAAUUCGGAGGAGGACAGCGAUUCCGAAGAAGAUGAUGAGGAAUAUAUUGAGGGUAGUUUGCCAGAGAUAAAAAUAAAGCGCCGUACUAGCUUUAAAGCCAAGGUUCAGCCGGUUACAUCGCCCUCGCCUGGUGUUACCCCGACCCCGAGGAAGAGGGGCAGACCGCGAAAGGACGCGAACAAAGAAGUACCGGAGAAAAUAAAAAAAGAUGACACUACAAGUAACGAUGCGAAAGAGAUUGAAGAGAAAAGUAAUAAUGGAAAGAAAGUUGACAAAUCGUCUACUCCAACGACUCCUGUCAAAGAGCAACCGACAAUAGAGCAAAAGUCACCGUCCAGUGACGUCAUACUAUCCCCCACAGGACAGACAUUGAAGAAGGUUCCAAUUAAGGCUCUGCCGCCAGGUGUCAAACCAAUGCCUCUACCCAUGAAUGCGAGACCGCAACGCGAAUUAUGUGAAAUGCAAAUAGGCAAGAAAUUUGUCAAAGUACAGAAAAUUGUGAUGACCAAGUCGGAUGUUGAAGCUAUGGCUAAGCAGGGAUUACUUGAAAUGAAGGACGGCAAUAUGGUGCUGAAGCCAGGCAUUAAGCUGCCAACAAACACACUUAACAAAGAGAUUAAAGAAACACCAAAAAGAGAUAAAGCGGCCCCGACCAGGUGCGAAAUUGUGGAAUAA